CUCCUGAGUAAAGAGAGAGCUGACCUCAGGCUGCAAUGGUGUGAUUUCCCUUUGCAAGCGCCACUCCUCUUUACAAUAGUCCAUAGCUCCAGGAUUUUUUCCUGACUCAAAGCAUUAACAUCCCCAAGCCUCCCUGGAGGCAGGUAGCAGGCAGCUGAUUUGUCUCUUUAUUCCUUGCCUCAUUCUUAAGGGGGGGAUAAAACCCCUAAGCAAUCAACUCUGCUUUUUUAUUUUAUUACCUUUCAUGUAAAAGAACCUUUGUUAGGGGGUUAUCCCCACGCAUGCAGGGUUGCAGACUGCAGGAGAUGGCCAGUGCCCAGGAGAUGUAAGGAGCUUGGAAGAAUCCUACCCUGGGAGUGGUACUUGCUUUGUGUGUGUGUAGCCUCCCACUCCAGUUGCAUUUUUUUUUUUUAAAUGCUGUGCAGUGCUUCGGUGAGAUGCUUUUUUGGUUAAAAGAAGAAGAGAUGUCACACCAGGAGCUAACCCAGCGACUGGCUACAGUCAUCACUCAUGUGGAUGAAAUCAUGCAGCAGGAGAUAAGGCCGCUGGUCGCAGUGGAUAUAAUUGAGCAGCUCCACAGGCAAUUUGCCAUCCUGUCAGGAGGCAGAGGGAAGGACGGGGCACCCAUUAUAACUUUCCCAGAGUGUGCGGGGUUCAGCGAUAUACCCGACGAGGAUUUUCUGAACGUUCUGACUUAUUUAACCAGCAUUCCCAGUCUGGAGGCUGCCAGUAUUGGCUUCAUCAUCGUUAUAGACAGACGACGGGACAAAUGGAGUGCAGUAAAGGCAUCCCUGACACGGAUAGCAGGAGCAUUUCCAGGGAACCUGCAGCUAGUGUUUGUCCUGCGGCCCUCCCGCUUUAUUCAAAGGACAAUCGCUGACAUCGGCAUUAAACUCUAUCGAGAUGACUUUAAAAUGAAGGUACCGAUCAUCAUGUUAAAUUCUGUUUCUGAUCUACAUGGCUAUAUUGACAAAAGUCAGCUAACCCGGGAGUUAGGGGGAACCCUGGAAUAUGGCCACAGUCAAUGGAUACACCAUCGAACUGCCAUUGAGAACUUUGCCAUGACGGUGAAAACGACAGCACAGAUGCUACAGACCUUUGGAACGAACCUGGCAGAGACUGAGCUUCCCAACGAUGUGCAGUGCACAGAGGAACUCCUCUCCUCCCACACACAGCACCACGACAAGCUGAAGGAUGAGCUGAAACUAGCUGUGAAGCAGGGGGCCACACUACUGACGUGUAUUAGAGAGCCAGUCACGCGGAGCUCCGCCAGCAAACUCAGUCCAGACGAGCUCGAAAAUGUAGCGACGGUGGAAAGGUUAUUGGCUCAGUUGGAUGAAACAGAAAAGGCUUUUGAUCAAUUUUGGUCCAAACAUCACCUAAAACUGGAACAGUGCCUGCAGCUCCGACACUUUGAACAUGAUUUCAGAGAGGUAAAACUGGAACUGGAUAAUCUGAUGGAAGCGCAAGCUGGUUUCACGGAUAUUGGAGACAGUGUGACUCGAGUGGAGCACCUCCUAAAGGAACGGAAACAACUGGAAGAGAAAGGACAGGAACCUUUGGAAAAGGCCCAGGCACUAGCUCUGCAUGGAGACCAGCUCAUCCAAAACAACCAUUAUGCAGUCGACUCCAUUAGGCCAAAGUGUGUUGAACUCAGGCGUAUCUGUGAUGACUUUACCAAUGAGACCAAGAAGAAAUACGAUAUUUUGGGAAAGUCCCUUGAGCUGCAUAAGCAGUUAGACAAGGCCAGGCAAUGGUGUGAAGCUGGAAUCUACCUCUUAGCGUCUCAAGCUGUGGACAAGUGCCAAUCACAAGAGGGAGCCGAAACUGCGCUGUGUGACAUAGAGAAAUUCCUGGGAACCGCUAAGGAACACCAGUUGUCUAACCCUAAGGAAUUCUACAACCAGUUCGACAUGAUUCUAACCCCUGAAAUAAAGGCCAAUGCCCAAAAAGUUCUACAAAAAUUAGAAGACGUGCAAGAAAUGUUUGACAAGAGGCAAGUGAGUUUGAAGAAGCUGGCAGCCAAGCAGACUCGGCCGGUACAACCUGUCGCCCCGCAUCCUGAGUCCUCCCCCAAGCGAGCAUCACCUAAGAGCACCAGACCGGCACCAUUAGCUACCAAUAGGAGAUCAGCAGAAAGUCCCUGUCCACCAAAGUCCAUCUCUGAGGUAGAAUUAUCAAAAAAGAAAAGUGUUAAGAAGACUAAAGGCGGAAUUAAGAUUGAAGUGAUGCACGAAGCCAGUCAAGGUGGGUCCAGCAGAGUCCUGGUGAUGAGUGAAAGUGAGGAGAAUCUUUCCACUAGGAGGAGCCACAUAAUAAAUGAACUUAUAGAAACAGAGCGGGUUUAUGUAGAAGAACUUCAAAGUAUAAUAGAGGGCUAUGCUUCAGAAAUGGACAAUCCUGACUUAAUUCACCUGAUCCCGUCGGCUCUUCAGAACAAAAAGGAAGUUCUUUUUGGCAACCUCCCGGAAAUCUAUGAAUUCCACAACAGAAUUUUCCUUAAGGAGCUGGAAAAUUGCAUUGAGAACCCUGAGCUUCUUGGUCAGUGCUUUUUAAAAAGAAAAGAGGAUCUCCAAGUAUAUGAAAAAUACUGUCAGAACAAGCUAAGAUCUGAAGCCCUCUGGAGACAAUGUGGAGAUAGCCUCUUCUUUCAGGAAUGCCAACGUAAACUGGACCAUAAACUUUCACUCGAUGCUUAUCUCUUAAAGCCAGUCCAGAGGAUCACAAAGUACCAGUUGCUUUUAAAGGAAAUGCUGAAAUGCAGCAAGAAUUCUGAAGGCACCGCUGAACUGGAAGAGGCGCUGGCCACAAUGCUUGAUAUCAUCAAGUCAGUGAAUGAUUCCAUGCAUCAAAUAGCCAUCACGGGAUAUGAGGGAGACGUGCAUGAGCUUGGUAAGCUGCUGAUGCAGGGCUCCUUCAACAUCUGGACUGAUCACAAGAAGGGCCAUAGCAAGGUGAAGGACUUGGCUAGGUUCAAACCGAUGCAGAGACACCUCUUUCUCUACACAAAGAUCCUGCUCUUCUGCAAGAAACGGGACGAAAACACAGACGGCCAUGAGAAGUCUCCUUCAUACAGCUUUAAGAAUUCUUUAAAGAUGAGUACUGUUGGCAUCACAGAAAAUGUAAAGGGUGAUAACAAGAAGUUUGAGAUCUGGUAUAAUGGCCGAGAAGAGGUCUAUAUCAUUCAGGCAUCUUCCGUUGAGUUGAAAAACAUCUGGAUUUCUGAGAUUAGAAAAGUCCUGACAGGACAACUGGAAGCAUGCAGAGAAGCAAGCCAGCUACACCAAAGAAUCACGGAGAGUGUGUACCAUGCACCGAUGAAUUCCUCCAACUCAACCAGAUAUAGCAGGAAGUCAUCAAGCGUGUAUGAAAAUAAAUCUGAGCCAUCAAACCGGGAAACAUCUAACGACAGGAGCAGAAACUCCAGUCCCAGCACUAGACAAAAGAGAGCUGAUGCUUCCACCAGCCUUAACCUUGAGUGCUCAGCUCUUGCUAGAAAGCGAUUCACAUUACAAGGUCUUUCCAACCGCAGAGCUCCACCUAAAGAUCCAGAAUCUAAAGAGAGAGAAGUUACCCGUCGCUUUUCCCUAGCCUCCUCCAUCAGCACCACGGUCACCACUUCUGCUCUGACCAAAGGUCCCCUGGGUUCUGCAGUUAAAGUCAAGAGACAUGAAAUAAAGAGUGAUCCAACUCCUCUGGGGUUUGAAGAUGCUUUUGAGAACACCAUCUUAGCCCAGACUAAAUGUAAUGCCAGUUCCAUCACAAGACCAGUUCCUAGAUCUGCUUCACAGACAGGUUGGCCCAGCAGGCAGAUGCCCUCGCUAGACACCUUUGAGGAUUUCGAAGCCAUCCCAUCCAGCACAGAUGAACUCUCCAACUCUUCUGACAUGGAGGAAGAGGCCAAUCCUAACAAUGGGUCCAAUCUUUUACGGGUAGAAGGAAGUUAUGAAACCUGUUUUCCAGAGUCUCUCACUCUAGAAAAUGGAGAUUUAGUGCAUUUUGUACAGGAAGGAGAAAAUGGACAAUGGUUAGUAAAGAAGCUGGCUUCUGAGAAAAGCGAUUGGGUUCCUUCCAGUGUGUUACAGCCAGCAGAAGGCGAUAGUAACAGUAUCCUUAGGAAGAACAAUGCAGAAGUGUACAAUGAUACAUGCAGCAUGGCCCUGGCAGACACUGAAAUUAAGGAAAGUGAGCUGGCCAGAAGCUUAACGGCAGAACAGAGGGCUGGGAGUUGAACUGCAGGACAGGUUUUCCUCAGGACUCCUUUCUCUUCUUUGUUUGUUUUGGUGGAUGCUGGAUCAAGUCACCGUUCCCACAAGCUCUGAGCUUCAGAAUUCAUUCCAACCACAUUGACAGGAAAGCUGCUAGGUCCAAGGCAUGAGCGGGAAAACUGAAGGAGCAUUAAAAAUUCAAACGGCAUCAAAAUCAUCUUCAGUAUUGAACAGAAAAAAUGCUUCUCGCAUUGUUUAUUGAAUCAUUGGAUAGGAUGUGGCCUAAAUUAGGUCGACAGCAAAGUGAAAAGUUACUAUGCACUCACCUUGUGGCUACAUCGCUUGGACGUUGGGUUACUUCAGAAGAACAUGGUCACCAGUUACUGCUCCACCAUGGGAAUGUCCUGGAUUGUUUCUGUUCAUUUGGCUCUGCUGCUGUGCCUUCCGCUGCCUCCCUUAACUCCACUGGAUAGAAAAUGAUGUGUUCAGUCAUUUCUAACUGAUCAUUAACAGGAACAGAAAACUGCAGGGUAGUGGUGGGGGAAAUACAAGUCCCGAAUCAAUGAAGCUUAGCACAGCGAUGGUGUGACUGCUUCCUCUCAGUGAAUAGUCUUCUGUUUACAAGAUCUUUGGAGGAGACUUGACUAAGAGGUGGCGAUUCAGACUGAGGCAGGAACCAAUAUAUGGCAACUAUUGUGACAUUUUGAGGUCUUUUUGCAGUAUAAACAAAUUCUUUCCCCCAGUCUGUGGGUUUUGGAUCACAUCCCUCCACAUUUGGUGCUGAUAAUUCUGUUGAAUGCCAUUUAACGUUCUACAUUUGAGUAGACUGCAUGCUGUACACUUUCUCUGUGUGCUGGACUUUGGACUAGGUACGGUUCAUUCCCAUAUGGUAUCAGACUAUACUUCGGCAUUUGCAAAUGGGCAGGUGGGCUUUAGAAGCUCGGAGGAAUAGAUAAAGUGUUAUCGUUAUAUGCUUCUUUCCAGGACAUUUUAUUAAGGACUGUACCAAAUCUCUGCAGCAUAAGGAUAUCACGGAGAUCCGUAAAAUUCCUAUAGAAAUCAUUAGCUCUUUCAGAGCAGGUCCGAUGGCAUUUGCAUGGCGGCAAUUUGAUGCAAAAUGGGAGUUUUAGAUCCCACAAAGCUGCUAGUACCUUAAGUUUUGCAAACGUAAAUAUUGACCUAGGACUGUGAAAACAGAAAAAGACUGGCCUGAAAGAAAUUAUGCUAGAGAGCUCAAAAGUUAGUGAUUGAUUUUGACUAAACGAGACCUUUUCUGUACCAUGAUUAGUGAUGCCCCGUAUAAAUUAAAGGCUAUCAUAGCACUGAAAAGGGAGAAAAGGCCAAACCAAAAGCAAAGCACUCAUUAUGAAUUGUACCAUGGGCAAAAUAGGACGAUGAAUUAAUAAUGCUUUAAACUAUGGUUUCAUUGCAGGGACACAAGUGUUUUUCUUUGUAUCGUGGAGGUUUUGGGGGGGUUGAUGGCGCAAUUACCAUGAUACAGCAAAGCAUUGAAGCAUGUGAAUAGUCCCAGCAAAGAUAAAAUUAAGGCACAGGCUUAAUUAUACCUUGCUGAAUUGGAGCUCUAGAGAGCUUAUUGGUUUAAUGAUGAGUUUGACUGCGGUACCAAACAGAAUGAAUGCUGGCUUAGAACACCAAGUUGCUCAUCCAACCUCCAAAUACCUAACUCCUUUGAUUUGUGCUGCUUUCUAUUUUGCUGAUUUGUGUCUAGAGGAAACACGAUUCAGUGGGACAGAGCCUUCCUUCUUUUACUGAAGUCAGUGCUGCUGCACUGAAAUAAGGAUUUGGCCCAUGUUGUCCUGCGGAUAGAUCUCAUUUACACUAAAUGACAUUCAGGCCCAGUAUUGCCCUGAGGAACAAACACACACAACUCCUGCAGAAGUCAUGUGAGCGACUUGAAGGCAAAGUCAAGUCCCUCCAGUCCCCAAUACAAUGAAAUUUUCUCAGAGUGAAGUCAUUUUCUUCCCCACAGGAUAACUUCACUGAGACAUCCUUGUUAUUAUCAGUAGCGUAUGCAGUACUGCACUAAUGAAAUUGCCAAACCGAAAAUUUAUUUGUACUGUUAUUGUUGACUUGUGGAAAGGCCAAACAUUGCACUUUGGAAUCUCUCUAGAGGAAAGGCUAGGAUUUGACAUUAUUGUUGUUGUUGAUAAAAUAUCCGUCUCCCAGGAGUGGGAGCCAGUGGGGUCUAUCUUUAGAGGACAGGAAAUCAGGAAUCCUUUGGGUUCUGUUCCUGCCUCUGCCUCUUGCAGUGUUAACUUGGGCCAAAUCCCUUAACCCCUCAGUGCCUCUGUUUCCCCAUCUGUAAAAUGGGAUGAUGACAUUUUGUUAUGUGCAGAAGGUGUCAGCUUACAGUCUCCCCUCACUCAGCCCUGCAGCUGGGUGCCAGCAGGUGCACCUAAGGUGGGGGGACCCCUGGCCCUGAACCCAGGCUGGACACCUGUGCCCUCUUGGGCAGUGAGUGAAGCAACAACAGAUUUGAUAGCUGUCUCCCCCCACACAUACACCCCUUUAUGUUCAAGGAGCACUCGCAUAACAUCCUGCCUGGGUCCUACUUGGGCACCCUGGGACUAGUGCGGGGACAGGUUUUCUUUUCCUUCAGUGCACCAUGGCAACAACAGCUGCAAAAUUAUAGUUUGGAUUUUAACUACUUCCCCCCCCCACACACACACCUUUUUUUAAUAACAUUUCUGACACUUUUUUUCAAACAAAGUUUGUCCUGGUUUGACCAAGAUCUGUAGGUCACGCUGAUAUCAUGAACAUACUGAAGAGGGAGAGAAUCAUUCACUACCAUGUGGCUGUGUGAAUUGGAUACAGCACUCAGGUUUCAGUCAUGGUUGGGGGCUGGUUAGAACGCAGCUGGCCACAGAUACAGCUUAGAUGCUUGAUGCUCUUGCUGCCUAGCAAGCCUUCAACAGUGUUUUAGCUGUGUCCGUGACCCUUGCUACCAAGAGCCCAAGGCUUCUUGUUUGGUCCUGUCCCAUCCACUUUACAAGCUCAGACCAUAUUUUAUCCAUUUUGGCCAUUGCUGUGUUGUAGCUGGGUACCCUGAGAUGGCUGGUUUUUACAUUGUCGUAUCAACCUUCGACUGAGUUCUGUAUUGCUGGGGUUUUAUAAUAAAGUUCAAAUGCUUUUGUUUUAUGAGGAGUCAAAGUUUAAGCUGACGACAAUUUGUUGAGUAGAUGAGCCCUAAAUCACAGUCUCAUGACAUGUUUACACUGUUUGGAGAAGGUUUGGUAGCUGCCAGGAUGUUUAAAAAUGGUGGUUGCUAACAGGCUUCAACCAGUGCUUAAUUUGAAAGGAAAGAGGUGCCAGGGCUCAAGCACUUAGGGGCUCAAGCAAUUUUUUUUUAUAUUCAUAACUGAUGCGGCAAGCCCAGAGGUGCCAGGGCUAUGAACGGUCGAGCCUAGAGGUGCUCAGCCCUGGCAAGCCCUAGCAUAAAUUAAGCCCUGGCUUCCACUCUCAAGGUCUCAGGCCCAGUCUAUGCUAUAAAAAUAACCAGGCCUCAGCCUCCACUAGUUUUAUGGAGUAGAGAUGCGGGCCCACAGUCUUGACACACAGUUGCCCAACCAUGUUCUAACGGUGGCUUUCCUUGCCAGCGGGAAUCGAGAUUUGUGUGGUUGGUGUUCCGCUUGCUUAACCAUUUUAGUAGCCAGCCUUUGAGAUUUCAAACAGGCUUGGGUGGCAGAAAGGUCAGGAGCUUCCUUUAAAAAAAAAAAAAAAGUGCUUUGGGUCUGAUUUGCUGUUAGAUGAUCAGAAGUAUUUAAAGCAGACAGAUUGUGUAGUUCCAGCAGCAGCUGGAGUGGAAAGUUGCUACUAAGAUUUCUGCUGCCCAGCUGAGAAUUGGUACGGUUCAUAAUGCUUACAUAUUUUCCAUGUUGAUGCUGAUGUAUUUGUAUAUUAUGACUGAUGAGAGAUAAUCAGACAGGGAAAAAGCACAGAACUCUCUCGAUAACUUGCCUGUCUCCCCUUCCCCCCACACCCCAGUCACGACAGAAUGUAUGAAUUUAUAACCCACAACCACCAAGUGUGUGAAUCUGGAAUUUCUGUAAAUAGGCCAUUCUGAACUGUGUAAAACCACACUUUGUUUGGUCUUUAUAAAAAGUAUAAAUACUGUAGUACAAAACA